CCUUUCUCUUCAACCAAACACUAACAAAAAGAAAGCCUCUUUUGUCUUUCUUUCUCAAUUUCUUUCGUGGUCUGUGUAAUGGAUUCUAUAACUCGGUGUUCCGUGAUCGUAGUCGGAGCAGGUGUUUCCGGUAUAUCGGCGGCGAAGGUGUUGGCGGAGAAGGGAGUGGAGGACCUGGUGAUUCUCGAAGCCUCGGAUCGUAUUGGCGGGAGGGUGCGGAAGGAGGAUUUUGGCGGCGUGUCGGUGGAGCUUGGCGCCGGUUGGGUUGCCGGGGUCGGCGGAAAAGAGUCUAAUCCCGUUUGGGAACUUGCCCGAAAAUCUGGUCUGCGUACGUGCUUUUCCGACUAUAGCAAUGCUCGUUACAAUAUCUAUGAUAGAAGUGGAAAAUUAUUUCCGAGUGGAGUCGCGGCGGACUCCUACAAGAAGGCGGUUGAAUCAGCCAUUCAGAUGAUCAGGCACCAGGAAGCAAACCACCAUGGCGGCGGUGGGAUUGGUGGCGCUGACUUGUCCAAGCUAUCUGAACAGCUACCCGACCCCAAAACUCCAAUAGAGCUAGCCAUUGAUUUCAUUCUCCAUGAUUUCGAGAUGGCAGAGGUUGAGCCUAUAUCAACUUUCCUUGAAUUUGGAGAACAAGAAUAUCUAGUUGCAGAUGAAAGAGGAUACGAAUAUAUACUCUACAAAAUGGCCGAGACUUUUCUCUUUUCAUCAGAGGGGAAAAUAUUGGACAGUCGUCUAAAACUCAACAAGGUUGUUCGGGAAUUACAGCACUCAAGAAACGGCAUCAUGGUGAAAACAGAAGAUGGCUGUGUCUAUGAGGCCGAUUACGUGAUUCUGUCAGUUAGCAUUGGCGUUCUUCAAAGCGACCUCAUCACCUUCAGGCCACCCUUGCCUAGGUGGAAAACGGAGGCCAUUGAGAAAUGUGAUGUGAUGGUCUACACCAAGAUAUUCCUGAAGUUUCCUUAUAAGUUUUGGCCUUGUGGGCCAGGUAAAGAGUUCUUCAUUUAUGCCCAUGAGCGGAGAGGCUACUUCACAUUCUGGCAGCACAUGGAGAACGCGUACCCUGGCUCUAAUAUUCUUGUUGUAACAUUGACAAAUGGGGAAUCGAAACGCGUGGAGGCUCAGUCAGAUGAGGAGACAUUGAAAGAAGCUAUGGGGGUACUCAGGGACAUGUUUGGUCCCGACAUACCUAACGCCACUGAUAUACUUGUGCCCCGCUGGUGGAACAAUAGGUUCCAGCGUGGCAGCUAUAGUAACUACCCCAUCAUUUCUAAUCCCCAAGUCGUUAAUAACAUCAAGGCCCCAUUAGGACGCAUUUUCUUCAGUGGUGAACAUACAAGUGAAAAGUUCAGCGGUUAUGUUCAUGGUGGAUACCUUGCAGGGAUAGACACUGCUGAUUCUUUACUUGAAGAAAUGAGGAAAGAAGCAGAAAGAAAAGCCGAGAACCAAACUUUUAUGCUAGAACCCUUGUUAGCAUUGACAGGUUCUUUAACAUUGUCCCAGACAGAUGCAGUAUCAGCCCUCAACACAUUCGAUAUCCCCAGACAACUCUUCCUCACCAGCAAGCUGGGCAUGCCAGAAGCCAUCUUAUGACUAAAUGGACUCGAUGAUGAGUCCAAAUUCAGCGAUGUCCAGCAAACCUAUGGGAAUGGUGACCAAAAGGGUCUGCAUUCCAAUACAGUUCGAGGCCUAGAUGGUAUGCACGAAGCAGAACCAGUCCAAGAAAACAGGAAAGUGGCCAAAGGGGCGCAGACUGUUGUCAUCAUUGAGGAAUUAGCUUCUGUAUCUGAGGAAUUUUGAGGGAAGAAUUGGUUUGGGGGGAAUACAUAGAGAAGAGGUUGAUUGGAGUGAAAACGCUAGGAAGAAAGAGAGGCAUAUGUUGAUUCUGAUUUAUAGGGGGUUGGGGUUGAUGUUGUACAUGAAAGAACUAUGUUGUUAGAUCAUCUGGUUUUCUAUUGAAUACAUCUGAUGAUGAUGAUAUGAAAUUCAUGAAUUCAAAACCAGUUGAAACUGCAGUUUGGUCUUUAGUAAAUGGUUAUUGAUGCCCUUUUUUUC